UAUACAGUGUUCACGGGGUAUCCUAAAGGCAUAGUUGAAUAUCAGAUGGAUAAUUUGGACAGGAUUGAACGUGAGGAGCAGGAAAUUCUGAGGCAGGAGAUGGAGGCUUUGGAGAAAAUCAAAUGCCAGCAGGACAGGAUCAGGGAUGGAAUCAGCAAGGAGGAGCAUGCUAAAAGACUAGAAGCACUUGGAUACAAAUGCAAACGACUAAUCGAAGAACAGGAAAAACGUUUAUCCGAAAGGAGAUUUGGUAUCUUGGAUAUUCAGAAGGAUUUAGAAGUCAGCGAAAGGAUAUUGCACACUGAUGCUCGAACCAGGCUGCUUACUGAAGAGGCCAAUCGCAGAGCAUUUGAGAAGUGGAAGCAGGCACAGACAUCAGAGAAUAAGAAAACUGGUAGAGUCACCGAACACACAAUGAUGGAGGAUCUGCAUGUACGUUACAACCGAUUGCUGGACAGGCAGCUAGAGCUGGAGGCAAAAAUGGAAAGAAAUCCAAGACAUGAUGUUUGUAAUAGAUUAAGGAAGACAUCUGAUUUUAUUAAUAGUUUGCCAAAUAAGGAACGUAGUAAGACGGUUUGCUUUAAUCCGCAAUCCAGUAGAGAUUGGUAUUUAUAAAAUAAUAGAGGGUGUUCUAGUCUACAAUUGCUAGGAAAUGGAUUUGUUUUUGGGAUAUUUUUAAUGUUUAACUGUUC